GCUACCCGCCGAUGCCCGGCUACAUGCCGCCGCCGUACGGGAUGCCGGCGUGGCCCGGCUUCGGCUUCCACCACCCGCCGCCGCCGCACGGCAGGCGCUGGGGCGGCGGGGGGAUGGGCAGCGCGCUGGAGGACGAGAGGCGCCGGGCGGAGGAGACUGGCGCCAAGUCGUUAGGCAAGGCCGGCGGGGGCCGUCCAGGCUCGCUGUCCAGGUCGAACUCGCGCAGGCGCCGGACCGCCAGGCCCAGAGGAGGCGGGCGCAGGGCCAGGCCCGACGAGCGCGACAGGGACAGGCCCAAG